AUGGUGACCGUCUCCCAGAACUUCUUGGAGGAGGGAUCCCGCCGCACAAUGGUUGCUUUGUCGUGUGCCGUCUGGUUCGUGUUCGGCGGCUUUGUGCUCUUGGUCCGCGUGGUGAGUCUGGCGAGGCGCAAGUCGGUUUCAUAUUCGUUAGGUCGCUGUUUUGUCAGCUUGGUCGGACAGUGCAGGCGCUCCGUAUUCUUGCUUUUCAGCACUCCCGGUGGCUCCGUCGCGGAUGAGUUGCGGAAAAGACGCCUGGUCCGCGCCCACAGUUGGCUUCCAUACGGCGUCCUGGUCGCUUCGAUCGUUGUCCUGACGGUGUUCGUACGGGCCUUGAGCCCAGGCCCUCGCUUCAAUUCGUCUGUGCAGGAUGCCUUCAUGAUUGCGGGCUGUUUCAUUGUUCUCUUUCUUGCGGCGUGCCCUAGCUUCGUGACGCUGAGCACCCUGAGCGUCUGGUCCUCCAUUCUGGCAGCGUGCAUUACGAUGUGGAUAUCGCCAUUCGCCAUAGAACCAGCCCAUGCGGCCGAGUCUUCCCUGAUGCCUUUUGCGGCCAUGAUGGUGCUCUGCGUGUUUAAUCUGAACGUGCGGCUUAAUGUCUUUUGGUUGUUGGUCUUGACCGCAUCGGCCUGCAGCUCGGUCCUGGGCGGCACCAGUGACUCACUCAAGGACUGCGACUUUGAAACUAAGCGCAUGCGCUGCUUCAUGCACAUUGCCAUUUCGGGCACGAUGUUCACAGCAUGUGUCAUCUGCUUAUACAGGCACAUCUACCUUGCCGCGCAGUACGAGAUGGAGGCCCGUAUCUCGCGGAACGAACUGCAAGCCGCGCGCUCGGUGCUGCGAGGCGUCUGCGACGCGGUGGUGGAGCUCGACGGCGACUUCCGUCUGCAGGACGGGUCCCCCCAGCUCAUCGACCUGCUCCUGCUGAACUCGCAGCGGUCCCUCUUGGGCGAGGACUUCAGGUCGUUCCUAGCGUCCGAGCAGGACCGCCAGAAGUUCACCGAGCAGAUGGGCCGAUCCUGGAAUCAGGGCGACGACGCGGGGCUCAGUGCGGCCUUCCACGUUUCCAUGAAGGACAGCUCCAGCAUACCCCUCGUCGUCGAGGUGUUCUCCGUGAUCUUCGUGAACCGGGGUGGGCAAGUGGCGUACUUCGUCGGGAUCCGAGAAUUCACAGACAUCAGCCCGAUACUCACCAUGGGCAGUGCGGCGGAGGUGCGUCACGGCAAUUUUCACAGAGGCGCCGGCCCGGAGUCAGCUUCUUUGGCCAGAGCCCGAGCCACGCCAGCUUCGAACUCCAUCCAAGACUCGUCGAACGUGAAUUCCGACGCUCUCGAGUUCCUGAACGAGGCUGAGGCCGUAGGUUGGAUUGACAUCGCCACCGCGGGCUACACUGUGAGGCACGCCAGCCCCGUAUUCGCUCAACAUCUGGAUGUCGGCAGUGACUUUCUGGACACGCUGAAGCCAUACCCUCGGAGUGAAUUUAUAAUCUGGGCCCAGCGGGCGUUGCUCGAUCUCUUGGACCAGGGAUCCGAUGCUGCUCACAGGCAAUACAGCGAGAAGCUCCACAUGAAGUGCUCCGCCCGCGCGGCCACGAGCGGGAAGCGCCGGUCGCGGCGAUUGGUCUCGGCUUUUGUGAGGCUCGACCUGACACCACCCCCCGACGGGCAGCGCCACGGCGCCGCCGUCAUGCGCAUCGUGCUCCAGGACCUCCGGGUCGACGCGGCGAGAGCGUCCAGUGCCGUGUCGAAGGGGACCCCGCGAGCCGCGCCCAGGGCCAGCCUGGAGCGCGCCCCCCCGGCCGCGCGCAGCUGCCCGGAGGCCGAGCCGGCCGCGGCCGAGGCGCCGCAGGGGUGUGCCGAGGCCGCGGCGGGCGCGGGCGAGGCGCGGCGCGGCGCCGGCGCGGGCGACGCGGCGUUGCCGCAGAGGCUGGGGCCGGAGAGCCUGUGA